UCCAAUUUUUUGCUAUUUUCAGUCGAAUCAUCUCUCUCUCUCUCUUUGUCUUCUUUCUCAAAUUUGAUGUGUCUAACGGUAAUAAAUCAAAAUAAAGAAGCAAACUUUAUACAGUCUUCUUCCUCCUAUAGCUCAAAAUCUCCAAUCUUCUUCACAGCAACUAAAAGGAGGCAAAUUUGUAAUGGAACCGGUAAAGUCACAACCUUUCCGGAGAGACACUCCGGCGCCGGUACAAACUGCAGAUCCAUCUCGAGAAAGGGUUUCUGCUUAUGAUCUUAUGGUAGUGGAUAGUGAUUUAGAGGGUUUAGAUCAAGAAAAGGAGCAAGCUUUAUCACUAGCCAUUGAUGUAGAUUUGGAGGUAUCUGUAAGGGAACAGAUUCUAGAGCUGGAGAAGAAGAAGAAGGAAGAGCAAGUUGAAGAAGAUACAGCGAGGAAGACUGAGGCUUCCAUCAUUGAGCCAACGAGUGCAUUGGAGGAGAUAGAAAAUGAAUCUGAUCUGCAACAGGUUCUGGACUCAGAUGUGGUGGGGUUGGCUCUUGAGAUGCAGAACGAAGAAAUGGUGGUGGCUUCUCAAAUUGACGCACAAGAGAAAUCGCCUUGUUUGCUUCAGGGUUCGAGGAAGAUUGACUUGACUGAGGAGAAACAAGUUUCUGCUUAUGAUCUUAUGGUGGUGGAGGGUGAUUUAGAGGGUUUAGAUCAAGAAAAGGAUGAGAACCAUAAUAAUAUCUUAGAUAAGAUUCAGGAGAAAGCUUCAUCAGUACUAGCCGUUGAAGUAGAGUUGAAGGAGGUAUCAGUAAAGGAACAGAUUCUGGAGCUAGAGAAUAAGGAAGGGCGAGUGAUUCUGGUUGAAGAAGAUAGAGCGAGGAAGACUGAGGCUUCUGGAAGCAGAUGUGGUAUGAAACAGCUUCUGGAAGCAGAUGUGGUGGGGUUGGUUCUGAAGAACGAUGAAAUGGUGGUGGCUUCUCAACUUAACGCACAAGAGAAAUUGCCUUGUUUGCUUCAGGAUUCGAGGAAGGUUGACUUGACUGAGGAGAAACAAGUUUCAGCUUCUUCUCCUGUACAAGUAAGUGAAGCACAUGAAGGAGAUAUUGAUAAAGUUGUUGUCUUGACAGAUGACAGUGAUGAUGAAGAUACAGAACAACAAAAUUGUGUUGAAUCUGAGUUUAAUGAUUUCACCAAGACUAUGAGCUCUUUCUUGGUUGGUCAAGUAUGGGCUCUGUAUGAUGGUAUAGAUUCUAUGCCUAGGUGGUAUGCUCGGAUCAAGCAAGUUACCAAGUCUCAGUCGAGGCUUCGAGUCACAUGGCUUGAAUCUAAAGAUGAUGAAUCUGUUUCUGUUCCUGUUUCUUGUGGGAGGUUCAAAUGGGGGAGUACAGAAACCAUAAGCCACUUGACCUUUUCUCAUGAGAUGCAUCCCACAAAACGUGGCAAUCGCUUCAUCGCUGUGAAUCCGAGUGAAGGGGAAACGUGGGCUCUUUUCAGAGACUGGAGCAAAAGCUGGGAAAAGAACACGGAGCAGCACAAGCCUCCUUAUAGGUAUGACUUUGUGGAAGUUCUUCACGGCUUUGAUGAUCGUCUAGGUGUUGGAGUGGCCUAUUUAGGGAAGGUUGAAGGAUUUGUAUCGGUCUAUAAAAAAGCUAAGCAGCACGGAGUCAUCUCAUUCAUGAUCAGUCCAGAGGAAAUGCGUAGAUUCUCUCAUAGAGUUCCAUCAUUUAGAAUGAAUGGAGAAGAAAAAGAAGGAGUUCCAGCUGGUUCUUUCGAACUAGACCCUGCUGCUAUCCCCAGCUCUAUACUCAGUCUUGAUCAAUCAGAAGAAACAGAACAAGAAAGCGAGGUCUUCGAAGAUCAAAAUGGAUCAAGACUUGAUAUCCCCAUUGUCUUAGAUUGAAGUUGGCAUGUGUUUGUGAGCCUUCAGCCUAGUAAAGUAAUGGUAACUCAUCUGUGUGUUUGUUUUGCUUCC